AUGGCGAGCGUGAUGAUGAACAGAUUGAGGAAUUUGGAUGCUUACCCUAAAAUCAACGACGAUUUUUACAGCCGUACACUCUCCGGUGGAUUAAUCACAGUCGUCUCUUCCAUCGUCAUGCUGAUUCUAUUCUUCUCCGAGCUCCGACUUUAUCUUCAUCCUGUAACUGAGACUCAGCUUCGUGUUGAUACAUCGAGAGGAGAGAAGCUACGAAUCAAUUUCGAUGUGACUUUCCCUGGCCUUGCUUGUUCGAUUAUUAGUCUUGAUUCGAUGGAUAUUAGCGGAGAGAAGCACCUUGACGUGAGGCAUGAUAUAGUGAAAAGAAGGUUAGAUGCUUUUGGCAAUGUUGUAGAUACAAGAAAAGAUGGAAUCGGUCAUACAAAGAUUGAAAAUCCAUUGCAAAAACAUGGUGGCAGGUUAGAGCAUAACGAAACAUACUGUGGUUCCUGUUAUGGUGCUGAAGCAGCAGAUGAAGAGUGUUGCAACUCAUGUGAGGAAGUUCGUGAAGCUUAUCGGAAGAAAGGUUGGGCCAUGUCAGACCCUGAUAUCAUUGAUCAGUGUAAAAGAGAAGGGUUUGUGCAAAGGGUUAAGGAGGAGGAAGGUGAAGGUUGUAACAUAUAUGGUUUCUUGGAAGUGAACAAAGUGGCUGGGAGUUUCCACUUCGUUCCAGGGAAAAGCUUUCAUCAAUCAGGAUCUCAUUUACAAGAUCUGUUACUGCUACAGAGCGACAGCUACAACAUAAGCCACAAGGUUAACAAGCUGGCUUUCGGUGACUCUUUCCCUGGUGUAGUGAAUCCCUUAGAUGGUGUGGAGUGGACUCAGGAGAACCUGAAUGGCAUGUAUCAGUAUCUUAUCAAGGUUGUGCCUACCGAAUACACAGAUGUUAAAGAGCAUGUUAUUCAGUCAAAUCAGUUUUCUGUGACUGAACAUUUCCAGAAAACGGAAGGACAGAUGCAGUCACUUCCUGGUGUUUUCUUUUUCUAUGAUCUUUCUCCGAUUAAGGUUAUUUUUAAGGAGCAGCAUGUGGAGUUCUUGCACUUCCUCACCAAUGUUUGCGCUAUAGUUGGAGGUAUUUUCACGGUUUCCGGAAUCAUUGAUUCAUUUGUAUAUCACGGACAACGGGCGAUAAAGAAAAAGAUGGAAAUCGGUAAAUUCGGCUGA